AUGCGUACAUCAUCGCAACGUCGACCGAAAUCUCCUGCGGCUUCUGUUCGUGCGCAGUUGCGUACCCGUACACCUGACAUUCCACCGUGGGAUAACUCUGUUCACGCAAAACAACGUAGAGCCACAUCGACGACACGAAUACCAUCAAGGACAACAAACAUGUUAAGUAAUAGCAAGAAGAAUAAUAAUCACAAUAAUGAUGUGUAUCGGCAGUAUGAAGGGGCAAGUCUAUCAUUACAGCGAACACCCGAACACACCUCGUAUGAAAAUAUGAUGUCUACACCAGCAGCGGCACUCGCAGCCAACGCCCCUCCUUCCGUCGGUGGAUUUCAGGUUGAACUCUUAACACAAUUGCAAGAUGUCGUGGUUCGUUUAUCGCAAAGUGCAGUGGGAGAAAAGCAACGACUCUCACAUAUGCAACAACGUCUGGAUGCCUAUGCUGCAUUAGUGCGAGAGCAAGAUCAUAUGAUUGAUGAAUUACGGGGAAUGAAUAUAAAAUUACAAAAAGAAAAAGAUACACUUAUUGCAUUUCGACAACAAAGUCUUAAUCAUGAUUUUCAUGUUAUGAAUCAUUUAGAAAAUGAUGGUGGAAUUGAUGAAGAAGUAUGUCGAGCAUUUGCUCAACAUGAGGGUAGACAAUCCUCUUAUGGAAUGUCAUUUAAUAAUUCUCUUGGAACUAUGACUCCUCAAGUACGUAGUUUUGUACGAUCUUUAGUAGCGCAACUUCGAGAUGAGAGGCGUAAACGAUUAGAAGUUGAAGAACAGAGUAGUCGAAUGAUUGGAGAACAACAACUUACAAUACAAAGACUAGAGGAUCGUUUAAGACCACAGACUACUUCUCUUACACGAAAUAGUGUAUUUGGACGAGUAGAAGGUACACAAACUUCUUGUAAAAAUGGAAUAUCUACUGAAGUAUCAGAUUUAAUCAAUAAAGAUCAUCAUCAUCCUCAUUUUCCAAUAGAUAGAUAUCGUAGUCCCUCAAGAAUUAUAACUACAACUCUGGUAAAUACGGCAUCUGAAGAUGCUAUUGCUGUAUCAUCAAAUCCAGUAUCAGCAUCCGUACGCACAUCAACCACAAUACAUGAUAUUCAUAAAGAUGAAAUGGCAGAACAAGCAACAUUGACAGCUUCUCCUGUUCAACCCAUUUCAUUUCCUCAUUCUAGACAAGAAGUUCAUGUUUCUACAACUCCUCUUUUGUCAUCUGUUAGGAGUGAUGUGCGGCAAGAAGAACGGGAGGUAGAGGUUCCCUUGGCUAUACAUGGUACAACGUACGAGGAUGCUGAGUCUAUUCUUUCUAAUAUACGAAGAAGACACGGCCUGUGA